AUGUCUUUCGCCACUCUUCAGGUUCCUCAGGAGUACGGCUUCGUCGUCCUCGCCGCGACCGGUUCGCUCUUCGUCUCGACCUGGCUGGGCAUACGGAUUGGCUCGUUCCGCAAGGCGGCCGGCGUGCCGUACCCGCACCAGUACGCGUCGCAGGAGCAGAUUGCCGCCGCCAGCGGCGACGAGAAGAAGCAGCAGGCGCUGCACCUGUUCAACUGCGCCCAGCGCGGCCACUACAACUUCCUCGAGAACCACACCAACUUCCUCUUCGCCCUGCUGGUCGCCGGCCUGCGCAGGCCCGUCCCCGCCGCCGUCAUGGGCGCCGCCUGGUCCGUCGGCCGCAUCAUGUACGCCAUCGGCUACACUCGCCCCGACAAGAAGAAUGGCAUGGGAAGGCUUAUCGGCAGCUGGGCCUCGUUGAUCCAGUUGGUUCUGAUGGGCAUGGCUGGCUGGGAUGGCUACAAGAUGCUGGCGUAG